AUGAACGACGUUUGCACAUUGCCUCAUGGAUUAUGUUUCAAUGAUUCCGCACACCAUCACAUUGUCGCUGAAAGGUACCAACAGGGUCACAAUGCAAGGCAUAACAAUUUGCUUGCCUUAACCCGCCUCAAUGUACAGCCCACAAGUUGUAUACGCGUUGCAGUUGCAAGCUUGGGAAGCCCUGAGGCUACUUCGACCACAAGCUCCACACGAACAACACGGACAUCCACACACACGAGCCACACUUCCACGUCAAUGACUACCACCACUACUGCGAAAUAUCCUCCAGCAGGAGAUGGAUUUGAAUGUAACAUGUUCCUGGGCCCGGUGAAACAUGCCGAGAAGAAGGGUAUUGCCUUGGACGACACAACUUUCUCUGAGUGCCCGCAGCUGACCACCAAACGGUGGCCCAAUGCCAAAGAAAAGAUCACGUCUUUGCGUCUCUUCAAAGCAUGGGACGAAAAGUGGUCAGAUCACCUUGACCGUUUGACUGUGUGGAAGGAGCUCAAGAAUUUCAUUCAAAGAGGAAACAAUGUCAAAGUGCUCUAUGGAACCCAGAUCUCCUGCAAUGAGACAGCUGAUGACCUCGACUGGAUCUACAUCAAAGAGCUCAUGUUUUUCAUAGGUAGAGAGCACGUCAUGGGACUGGCAAUUGGGAAUGAAGUGGAAUUGCUUCACACCCAGGACGUAUGCGACAAAAAAUGUGCGAAGCGGCUAUUCCAUGGCGGGUACUUCUACAAAAAGGUUAUGCAUCGAGCAAAUGAUUUGGCCGUCAUGCAGGGCUUCCAGGAUGUGACGCUGACCACCGUCAUGGGUGGCUAUGUCCUAGGCGGUUCGCCCUUUGUAAAUUCCGAGACAGCUGGUGUGUUGGACUUCUUUCAGAAGAUCAAUCGAGAUUUUGGUACUCGGUGGGCUUGGUCUUGGAACACGUAUCCAUACUUUGAUCCUCACAUUGUAAUGGAUGAGGGGAUUUUCCACACCUGCAACAAAGCGAUGAUGGCAGCCAUCAACUUUGCUCCAAGCAGCAUGCUGCCAGGGCAGCUUCGGGAGCUGAGGAGACCCGAAUGCAGAUGGUCACUGGUAGACCUGAUGACACAAUGUGGCUAACAGAAACUGGAUGGUCUUAUCCAAGAGCUUCCACUUUGCGGACGAAUAUGCAAAACUGUACCGAAUGGUCCACCAAAGAAGCGUUUGCUUUGUACUACCAGGGUUUUUUGGAAUGGGAUCUAUCGCUUGGGCCCAAUGUCCACGGCAUAGACCAUGCCUUCUUUUUCACGCUGCGGGAUGCGAUCAAUUUCGGGGACAAGGACUGAACUUCGGCCUUAUCCGUUCCUGUGGAUCGAGAGGCUGUAAGAUGAGGCACGACGAGGACGAUGCACUAUGAGGCAUCAUGUGCAGGUUACCGAUCUGGCCGGCAACGACCGAGCACUUGUGCACGGCUCGAGGCUGCAAAUGGGGGCCACAAACGACCUGAGUGUUUGCAGUCAAAUUCAAGCACAUUGAAUAAUGUAGCUAGCCUUUUGCGUGGCAGCACACAAAGCACGGUGCCGCUCGCCUACAGGUCUCACUUAAGCACUUGGGUGCAUGUGCUUGUGGCCUUGCGGCUUUGUGCCGGACGGCGGCUGCACAGCCAAGUGGCUUCUUGAUUGAUGCAUCCAGAAGCAACGGACAAUGAAUUAUAUGGGCAAAGGAAUGGGAUGUCAGGCUGCGUGCUCGGCCUCGAGGC